AUGGAGUCAAGUGCCGCCUUCCACGGCAUCCGAACCUCCAUCUCCUCCUCGUCUGUUCCAUCCCCUACUUCGUCCCCGCCGCCCACAGUGGCGCCCGGUUACGGCGGCCCCUGCGCGGCCUGCAAGGUCCUGCGGCGCAGGUGCAGCGACAAGUGCGUCCUCGCCCCCUACUUCCCGCCCGCCGAGCUGCUCAACUUCGCCACGGCGCACCGCGUCUUCGGCGCCAGCAACAUCAUCAAGCUGCUGCAGGAGCUGCCCGAGGGGCAGCGGGCCGACGCGGUGAGCAGCAUGGUGUACGAGGCGGCCGCCCGCGUCCGCGACCCCAUAUACGGCUGCGCCGGCGCCAUCUGCCUGCUCCAGAAACAGGUCGAGGGGCUGCAAGCCGAGCUGGCGCAGGCGCAUGCCGAGCUGCUCAAACUCCAGGCUCAGCACAAGAGCCUUGUCAACGCCCUCCUCUCGCCCCAGCUGCCGCCGCCUCUUGACGCUUCGGCGCCCUUCGCCGACUACAUCGGCGAGCCCUGGGACGAGCCGCUCUGGACGAUUUAA